UCUCUCUCUCUCUUCCUUUCUUUUAUCGUCGUCUCUGCUUCGGUUUCUUCCGUCCGGACGCCGGCGGUGCAAGUCGUAAGUGACUGGCGAAGAUCCGGCGGUGAAACCUGCCAAGGAUUAGACCAUUGUCCAGUCCAUAGAGUCGUCAAACCAAGAGAAGUCCGUUUCCAUGGGAAAGCGGAAGACUAAGGAGGAGGCAACUCAGGCAAGUGCUUCAACUGCUUCUUCUAGAAAGAAGGAAAAGAAAACUGCGGAACCUUUGGAGUCUCGGUUGUACGGGGAACCGGUUCCGGCAGAAGAAGCUCGGGAACGGUGGCUGGAAAGAUACGACAAGAAGCAGAAGAAAAGCAAGAAUGCUCGCGGAUCUGGAGGGAACAAAAAAGAAGACACAGAUGAGGAGGUAUUGCUUGCACGGUGUCAUUACAGGCAAGCUGAGGUCGAUGGCUGCAUUUUCAACCUCAACGAUGACGCUUAUGUGAAAGGGGAAGAGGGGAAGCCUAAUUACAUAGGGAGAAUAGUUGAGCUGUUUGAGACCACUGAUGGCGAGCCAUAUUUUACAGCACAGUGGUUUUUCAAGGCUGAAGACACUGUCAUAGGGAAAGACCAUUCUAGCCUUAUUGACAGCAGAAGAGUGUUUCUUUCCAAUAUGCGUGAUGACAACCCCUUGGACUGUAUUGUAUCGAAAAUUCAAAUUGCUCAAGUUUCUCCAAAUAUGGAUUUGGUGGCAAAGCAGAGAACAAUACCUUCUUCAUGUGACUUAUAUUAUGACAUGUCAUAUUCACCCACUUAUUCAACAUUUGCAAAUUUGUCCAUAGAGAGUACGAGGGCUGGAAGUGAAACUUCUUCGACCAUUUCUAGUGAAGUUAGUUUUGAUGGUGCUGAGGGUGAGUGCAAGCCUGUCUCUGAGAAGUCCUCCUCAAUUUCCCUGCCUACAAAGCCAGAGAUUGCUUUGCUGGACUUGUAUUCUGGCUGUGGGGCAAUGUCCACUGGUCUAUGCCUUGGUGCAGCCAUAUCUGGCAUAAACCUUGUUACGAGGUGGGCUGUUGAUCUGAACCAGUAUGCCUGCGAAAGCCUCAGGUUGAACCAUCCAGAGACUGUGGUGAGGAAUGAAACAGCAGAGAAUUUUUUGGCUUUGCUAAAGAAAUGGGAGCAGCUUUGCAGGAAGUUCUCUUUGUUGAAGGCUGAUGAGGAUGUGGAAAAUUUGGAGGAAAAAGAAGAGGAAGAAGAAGAAGAAGAAGAUGAUGAUGAUGAUGAUGAAGGUGACGAAAAAGAUGAUGAAUUUUCUGAAGAAGUAUUUGAAGUUGAAAAGAUACUUGGAAUUUGUUUUGGAGACCCCAAUGAGAGCCAAAAGAAAGGAUUAUACUUCAAGGUUCGUUGGAAGGGGUAUGGUCCAAGUGAAGAUACUUGGGAGCCUUUUGGUGGACUUGGUGAUUGUAAAGAAAGAUUGUGUGAGUUUGUGGAAGAUGGUUACCGAUCAAAGAUUUUACCACUUCCCGGUGAUGUGGAUGUCAUUUGCGGAGGGCCUCCAUGUCAGGGCAUUAGUGGGUUUAAUCGUUUUAGAAAUGUUGAAGCCCCAUUAGAUGAUCCUAAGAACCAUCAAAUGGUUGUUUUCAUGGAUAUUGUUGAAUACUUGAAGCCUAAGUUUGUUUUAAUGGAGAAUGUGGUGGACAUUUUGAAGUUUGCUCAGGGUUUUCUUGGACGCUAUGCUAUUGGCCGUCUUGUUGCAAUGAACUACCAAGCAAGGCUUGGUUUGUUAGCUGCUGGAUGUUAUGGUCUACCUCAGUUUCGGAUGCGUGUAUUUUUAUGGGGAGCUCGUCCUACAGAAAAAUUACCUCAAUAUCCAUUGCCUACUCAUGAGGUUGUUGUAAGAGGGGGUAUACCAAAUGAAUUUGAGCGUAAUACUGUUGCAUUUGAUGAGGAUCAGCCUUGUAAGUUGGAGAAGGCUUUACUUCUUGGUGAUGCAAUAUCUGACCUUCCCUCGGUCACAAAUUUUGAAAGUCGUGAUGAAAUGCCAUAUUCAAAAGCACCUAAAACUGAUUUCCAAAAGUAUAUACGCUUGAGUCGGAAUGAGUUAGGUGUUUUUGCCUCUAGGUGUCAAUCAUCACAGAAGGCCAUGCUGUUUGAUCAUUGUCCUUUGCAGUUGAAUGAAGAUGACUAUCAACGAGUUUGUCGAAUUCCGAAGAAAAAGGGUGCAAACUUUAGGGACCUUCCUGGAGUUUUGGUUCGCCCUGAUAAUGUUGUAGAAUGGGACAAAUCGGUUGAACGCGUGUUUUUGCCCUCUGGAAAGCCUUUGGUUCCUGACUAUGCAAUGUCUUUUGUUCGAGGCACUUCAACUAAACCAUUUGGCCGUCUGUGGUGGGAUGAAACAGUUCCAACUGUUGUUACUAGGGCUGAACCUCAUAACCAGAUAAUAUUGCAUCCUGAACAAGACAGGGUUCUUACAAUCCGUGAAAAUGCAAGGUUGCAAGGCUUUCUUGACUUUUACAAGCUUUGUGGGCCUGUUAAGGAGAGGUACAUACAAGUUGGCAAUGCUGUGGCUGUACCUGUGGCUAGAGCGUUAGGUUAUGCUCUAGGUUUGGCUUACCGUGGUAUUUGUGACGAGGAACCCUUAUUGGUUCUUCCUCAGAAAUUUCCUAAUUCUCUGAAACGUGUUCCUUCUGAAUCAAUUGAGGAUGAUGUUAAUUCAUGAUGUAAUAGCUUUAUUUUUUUCUAAUAUUCUUGUAUUGAUAAAUGUUGUUUAUGUAUUUUAUUUGUCGCAAACCCGUGUAAUUGAGAUUCAUUAAAUCAUGAUCCAUGAACAUGAGAGUUUGGCGAAAGUUUGUGUUGUCGGCCUGUUGCAACUGUUUGUUUUCUUAUA